AAAAGGCUCCCCUUAGGGGCCCACCUGUCCUCCCUAGGGCCUAGCGGGACGCGGCUGCGGUCAGAGGAGCGGGAGGAGGUCCCCCGACAUGCCUGAGGCAAAACCAGCGGCCAAAAAGGCCCCUAAGGGCAAAGAUGCCCCCAAAGAAGCCCCCAAGGAGGCUCCCCCUAAGGAGGCUCCUGCAGAGGCCCCCAAAGAAGCCCCACCCGAGGACCAGUCCCCGACUGUAGAGGAGCCUACUGGCAUUUUCCUGAAGAAGCCGGACUCUGUAUCAGUGGAGACUGGGAAGGACACAGUAAUUGUGGCCAAGGUGAACGGGAAGGAGCUUCCGGGCAAACCGACCAUCAAGUGGUUCAAGGGGAAGUGGCUGGAGCUGGGCAGCAAGAGUGGAGCCCGCUUCUCCUUCAAGGAGUCCCACGACUCCGCCAGCAAUGUGUACACCGUGGAGCUGCACAUCGGGAAGGUGGUACUGGGGGAUCGUGGGGAUUACCGCCUCGAGGUCAAAGCCAAGGACACCUGCGACAGCUGUGGCUUCAACAUCGACGUGGAGGCACCCCGUCAGGAUGCCUCUGGGCAGAGUCUCGAGAGCUUCAAGCGUAUGGGUGAAGGGAAGUCGGAUACUGCAGGUGAGCUGGAUUUCAGCGGUCUGUUGAAGAAGAGGGAGGUGGUGGAGGAAGAGAAGAAGAAGAAAAAGAAAGAUGACGAUGACCUAGGCAUCCCCCCGGAGAUCUGGGAGCUCCUGAAAGGGGCAAAGAAGAGCGAGUACGAGAAAAUCGCCUUCCAGUAUGGCAUCACCGACCUCCGGGGCAUGCUGAAGCGACUGAAAAAGGCCAAGGUCGAGGUCAAGAAGAGUGCAGCAUUCACAAAGAAGCUGGAUCCAGCCUACCAAGUGGACAGAGGCAACAAGAUCAAGUUGAUGGUAGAGAUCAGCGACCCAGACCUGCCCCUCAAGUGGUUCAAGAACGGCCAGGAGAUCAAACCAAGCAGCAAGUACGUGUUUGAGAACGUUGGUAAGAAGCGAAUCCUCACCAUCAACAAGUGCACGUUGGCGGAUGACGCUGCCUAUGAAGUAGCUGUGAAGGAUGAGAAGUGUUUCACUGAGCUCUUCGUCAAAGAACCUCCAGUCCUGAUUGUCACACCUCUCGAGGACCAGCAGGUGUUUGUGGGUGACCGGGUGGAAAUGGCAGUGGAGGUGUCAGAAGAGGGUGCCCAGGUGAUGUGGCCAGAGAAACAGCUGGAGGUCCUGCAGGACAUCGCGGACCUGACGGUGAAGGCCGCAGAACAGGCUGUGUUCAAGUGUGAGGUGUCUGAUGAGAAAGUGACGGGCAAAUGGUAUAAGAAUGGGAUCGAGGUGCGGCCCAGCAAGAGGAUCACCAUUUCCCAUGUAGGCAGGUUCCACAAGCUGGUGAUCGAUGACGUCCGCCCAGAGGAUGAGGGAGACUACACGUUCGUGCCUGACGGCUACGCCCUGUCGCUCUCGGCCAAACUCAACUUCCUGGAAAUCAAGGUGGAGUACGUUCCCAAGCAAGAACCACCAAAAAUCCACUUGGAUUGCUCGGGGAAGACCUCAGAGAAUGCGAUUGUGGUUGUGGCUGGAAACAAGCUGAGGCUGGACGUGACCAUCACAGGGGAGCCCCCUCCCGUCGCCACUUGGCUGAAGGGAGAUGAGGUAUUCACGACCACUGAGGGCAGGGUCCGCAUCGAGAAGCGGGUGGACUGCAGCAGCUUUGUGAUUGAGAGCGCGGAGCGGACAGACGAGGGCCGCUAUACCAUCAAGGUCACCAACCCCGUCGGCGAGGAUGUGGCUUCCAUCUUCCUGCGGGUUGUGGAUGUCCCAGACCCCCCAGAGGCCGUGCGUAUCACCUCGGUUGGAGAGGAUUGGGCCAUCCUUGUCUGGGAGCCACCUAAGUACGAUGGGGGGAAGCCGGUCACCGGGUACCUCCUGGAGCGGAAGAAGAAGGGCUCUCAGCGCUGGAUGAAGCUGAACUUUGAGGUCUUCACGGAGACCACCUAUGAGUCCACCAAGAUGAUCGAGGGCAUCCUGUAUGAGAUGCGUGUCUUCGCCGUCAAUGCCAUAGGGGUCUCCCAGCCCAGCAUGAACACCAAGCCUUUCAUGCCUAUUGCACCCACGAGUGAACCCCUGCACCUGAUAGUGGAGGAUGUGACAGACACCACCACCACACUCAAGUGGAGGCCUCCGAACAGGAUCGGGGCAGGCGGCAUCGAUGGGUACCUGGUGGAGUACUGCCUGGAAGGCUCGGAUGAAUGGGUCUCCGCCAACACGGAACCCGUGGAGCGCUGUGGCUUUACCGUCAAGAAUCUCCCGACCGGAGCCAGAAUCCUCUUCCGAGUCGUUGGGGUCAACAUCGCGGGGCGCAGCGAGCCGGCCACCCUGGUCCAGCCGGUCACCAUCAGGGAGAUUGCGGAGCCACCCAAGAUCCGGCUCCCCCGCCACCUCCGCCAGACCUACAUCCGCAAAGUGGGAGAGCAGCUCAACCUUGUCGUCCCCUUCCAGGGAAAGCCCCGGCCCCAGGUGGUGUGGACCAAGGGCGGGGCCCCGGUGGACACCUCCCGCGUGCACGUGCGGACCAGCGACUUCGACACCGUGUUCUUCGUGCGCCAGGCGGCCCGCUCCGACUCCGGGGAGUACGAGCUGAGCGUGCAGAUCGAGAACAUGAAGGACACCGCCACCAUCCACAUCCGCGUCGUGGAAAAGGCUGGGCCCCCUAUAAACGUGAUGGUGAAGGAGGUGUGGGGCACGAACGCGCUGGUGGAGUGGCAGGCCCCCAAAGAUGAUGGGAACAGUGAGAUCACGGGGUAUUUCGUCCAGAAAGCAGACAAAAAGACCAUGGAGUGGUUCAACGUCUAUGAACGUAACCGGCACACUAGCUGUACUGUGUCCGACCUCAUCGUGGGCAAUGAAUACUAUUUCCGAGUUUACACUGAGAACAUCUGUGGGCUCAGUGACUCACCUGGUGUCUCCAAGAAUACGGCCCGCAUCCUCAAGACAGGAAUCACCUUAAAACCGUUCGAGUAUAAGGAGCAUGACUUCCGGAUGGCUCCCAAGUUCCUGACGCCUCUCAUAGACCGGGUGGUCGUGGCUGGGUACUCGGCGGCUCUCAAUUGCGCUGUCAGAGGCCACCCAAAGCCGAAGGUGGUCUGGAUGAAGAACAAGAUGGAAAUCCGCGAAGAUCCCAAGUUCCUGAUGAACAAUUACCAGGGGGUCCUGACGCUGAACAUCCGCCGCCCCUCGCCCUUCGAUGCUGGGACUUACACCUGCCUGGCCGUCAACGAGCUGGGCGAGGCGCUGGCUGAGUGCAAGCUGGAGGUCCGAGUGCCGCAGUGAGACCUAUCCCCUACCUGCCGAGACAGUUGGUGGCGGAGUCCUGACCCCAAUCCCCAGCCUCCCGGGACUGUGUUCCUUCUGGAGUUUUUGCUGAGAACAAAACAGUGUUGUCUGGACCCUG